UUAUAGUCAUUACAAAAAUUAUAGUGGAUAAUGUUUUUGUGGGUUUUAAAUAGUAAUUUAUCUAAAUAAUGACUUAAAUGAGUGCGAUUUUAGAUUCUGAAUGGAGUGAGAAAUGUAUUGAUUUUACAAUGAUGUGUGUUCUUUUUUUUGUGUACACCAUAAUUUGUUGAAAUAAUGAUUCAAAAAACAACAAAAAAGUGACGAAAAAUGGGAAUUUUCACGCAAAACCAGGUUCCUGUCUACUUUACCGACCACCCAUUUAAACGGAACGGCGCAUAAUAAUUCACCGACGUCGCGUGGUUAGACCUAUAGAGUUUGGUCAACUUAUUAUACCUAUGUCCUACAUGGUUAAGAUUUUUAGUAAAAUGUACAAACAAUUACGAAUAACAGUAUGAAAAAUAUUAUGGUAGACUAGUGUAAUCGUUUUAUCAUAAUAUAAUAUCUUAUUAAAUACAUGAAGGGUUUGUGGCGCGUCGCGAAUAAUUGGAAAGAGACUGCACCGGUUGCGAGCAGAAAAACUGCUGGAAUCGACAGUAUGUUUCAAGGAUUGGACGAAAACAGAGACGUGUUAGUGAAAAGGUUGAAUGCUGGUCAAGAAUUAUAUCCCAAUUGUGAUACAUCGAUCUGGUUAAGAAACUGUACGCAUGACAUCCCGACUCCCGUCCAAGGGAAAAUCGAAGGUAAGAUACCAGAAUGGUUAUCGGGAUCGCUGCUACGAAACGGUCCAGGAAGUAUACAGGUGGGAAAUUAUGAAUUUAAACAUAUAUUUGACAGCUCUGCUUUACUACACAGGUUUGCAUUCAAAAAUGGAGCAGUUUCAUAUCAAUGUAGAUUUUUGGAAUCAAAUACAUAUAAACAAAAUAAAGCAGCCCAAAGAAUUGUUAUUACCGAAUUUGGAACCAGAGCAUGUCCUGAUCCUUGUAAAACAAUUUUUCACAGGGUGUCUAAUGUAUUUAAAUGGGGAGACGAUCAGUCAGAUAAUGCGAUGAUAUCUAUUUACCCAAUCGGCGAUGAAUAUUAUGCAUUUACCGAGAAUCCAAUAAUGAUCAAAAUUAAUCCUACAACUCUUGAAACACUUAAUACUAUAGAUAUAGCUCGGAUGACUGGUAUUGUUCACCAUACUGCUCACCCACAUAUGGCAGCCGAUGGUGCGGUUUUCAAUUUAGCGACUGUUCCAAAAAUUGAUGGACCUCAUUAUUGCGUGGUUAAAUUUCCUCGGGUUGAUUCAGAAAGUGGAUACCAGUAUUCGACGGACGAAAUGUUUGGGCGAAUGUGCAUCGUGGCUACCAUUAAGUGUCGUUGGCCUCUGCACCCUGGGUAUAUGCAUUCUUUCGGCAUAACGGAGCAUUAUUUCAUCGUAGUCGAACAACCUCUAAGUAUUUCAUUGUCAACCGCCAUGAUUAACAGAUUCAAAGGAGAUCCAAUGUACAGUGCACUAAAAUGGUUUCAAGACUGCCCUACUCUAAUUUACUUGAUUUCGCGAUCUGAUGGCAAAACGGUGAAGACAUUUAAAUCGGAUGCGUUCUUUUAUCUACAUAUAAUAAACCAGUAUGAAGAAGACGAUAACGUAGUAAUCGAUAUUUGUUGUUACCGAGAUCCUUCCAUGAUUGACUGCAUGUUCGUCGAAGCAUUACAAAAUCUCAAUAAAAACCCAGAUUAUGCAGCCAUGUUUCGCAGCAGGCCUUUGAGAUUUGUGUUGCCAGUUAACCGUAAUCCUAUAAGUGGCGAUAUCGUGAACGAGCACCCGUAUGUCAGCCCCGAAAAGCUAUGUGAUUUAGGUUGUGAAACACCUAGGAUUAAUGACUUAAAAAUUGGAACAAAAUACAGAUUUUUUUAUGCAAUAUCAUCGGAUGUUGAUGCUAAAAACCCUGGGACGCUCAUUAAAGUGGACACGUACAAUAAAACUUGCAAAACAUGGUGCGAAAAGAACGUAUAUCCAAGUGAACCAAUUUUUGUUUCUUCGCCGGACGCUGAAGACGAAGACGAUGGUGUAAUUUUGUCAUCAAUCAUUUGGGGUGGAUCGGAGUGUACACACAAAGCUGGAGUAAUAGUAUUGGAUGCAAAGAGUUGGACAGAGAUAGGGCGAGCUAUUUUUAUCACUCAGUCACCAGUUCCUAAAUGCUUACAUGGAUGGUAUGCUGCUGCUGUUUAACAAAACAUGUCAUCAAAGUACAAUCAUAGUUAUUUUUUGACGAUUGAUCAUCGCAAUCAAUUUUUAAAUUUAGAUGCUUACCAAACUGUAUUAUACAUUAACAUUUUAAAUUAAAUUUGUACUACCAUGCGUGUUUUGUAAACAUAAUUAUGUUUGAAACCAGAGGAAUUAUUAUAGUAGAAUACAAAAGAUAUAUUUUCAUCUCAAGAAUUCAAAAUCCUUAAAUUUGUCUAUUGUAAAUAAACAUAGUAUAUAAACAA